AUGUCUGACGAGAAGAUUCUGUGGGAUGCGAUUGCAAAGUUUAGUCCGCGGGUGACGUCUGUUGAUGAUGUGGAAGCCAAGAUUAGGACUCAGCUGGAAGCCAACCCUGGACUGGGAUCUCUGUUAGCGCAGACGAUUAGAAGAGAGAAGGAGUGCAACAAGCUUAUUGGCAAGUGUCUGUAUGAAAUGUGCACAGGUCGGUUUCGGGGUGCUAGUGAGCUGGAGGCCAUAUGUGGUGAUAAGGCCCAAAGCGUGGACCCGUGUCGGAUUACUGAUCGAUAUGAGGCUUUGGAGUAUGUGGUUCAGACACUGUUCAAAGACCGCAAGACAAAAAAAUCUUUAUACGCUCUUCACCAGAAGAAUCGUGCCCUCGUUGAGGACCUGACGCGUAGGCGAAUUGUGACGCUGGAGACACUACAAAAUGUUAUUGAGAGGGACUGGAUGGCGAAGCAUGGGGUUGAUGGUCCUACCAAGGCUGAAGAAGUGAGCGCUCUGGUAGCAAAAGCUUUUGAGGAUCAAGAGUACGAUUCCAAGUACCAUGCUGAACUCUUAAAGUUCCAAAAGGACGGUUUUGAUCGCUUGAGGGAGCUGAAGGUGCCGUUUUUUUGCACUAGUCCAGACUGUGAAACUGCAGCACUGGAUGAAAAUCGCAAAUUUUUGACUCAGAUGAUGGGUGGGAUUAUGGACGGCAUCAAAUACUAA